GGGACAUUUGGGCCCUGAGUUUUAGAGCCUUUGUGAUGAGUGUUGAUGCUGUAUAUAACGAGGGACGAUUCCCUGUCCCACCGAAGUUUGACUUCAGGCAUUUGCCUUUGAGAUCGAGAAAAGUAACUGUCAUAUCGUUCAUCGGGGAAUAUGACAUAUUCCGUGAUAAAUCUCAAUUCUCUAAUAUAUCUAGUUAUACUGGACGAGAAAUCCCACUAUUGGAUCUCCCUAGGGUAUUCUUGAAUUCAUACUAACCUUGUUUAGCAGAAUUACAUCGAAGGGUAUUAUGAUUGUGAAAACCAAAUUAUAUUUUUGGCCUUUAAUAAUUUGGAAAUGGAGUUGUUGUUCAAGGGGUGUGAUAAAGACCAUGAAAUAUGGGAAAAAUCUCUUAAGCGCUAUGAUUACACACUUUUGAAGGUUCUGUACUUUCUGUUCGUCGUAUCACAUUUCAUCGUCAUAACAUCUAUAGGAACAAAUAUAAACCCCGAUUUCAUUCGUAUUUUUAAGCUGUUGGACAAAAUGAGAUUACUUAUGAGGCAUCCUAUUGAUAUUUAUACUCGUGACCUUCCGUUACCUCGAGACUGGUUAAACAAUGGACGCGCUUCUAUUCCGAGGCUUCUAUUUGUCUUUAAAAUGAUGCCAGCCCAAGCAAAGAUGAUAAAAAAUUGGAAGCUUGUCAGGCAGUUGGAACAGAAUAUCGUCACUCAAAUAUUCAAUACAUUUUAUGAAACUGGUCUUGUUAGCAAUAUUUCAACGAAUCAAUUAUUAAUGCUUCCAGGACAUAAUUUUGUACACGUUCUGUUAGAAAAUGAAGAAUCAAAGGAAGGGUCUAAACAACGUACAUCUUGCGAAGAUAUUUCUCAGGAAUAUUUCGAAUUUAUUCUUAAAAAUAUCAAUCACAUUUCGGACAUGUCUACUGACAAAAUUCCUAAUCUUUUUGGUUCUUAUACAUUCUUAUCGACUGAUUCGAAUGAUUCUGUUCGUUCAACUUCGCCACCAUCUCCACGGAAUUUUCCAGCACCUGACCAACCAGCCCAGCACAAUCUAUCUUCUUUUCUUCAUUUACAUGUUGAAAGCAUGAUUGAUCAAGCAUCUAAUAAAAAUUCUUCUUUUGGUCAAGCAACAGUUGCGUAUGAAUUGCCAACAUGCAAAUCUUGGUUUAUGGCAUGCUAUAGAAUAUAUACAAGUUUAAUAUCAGACGAACACUUAAACACAGUACCAACUCCCGAAAUGACUACCAAUCAAAAUGAUUCAUCCUCACGUAUUGGAAGUGGAGGAGCAGUAGUUAGUUUAUCACAAUCAUGGCAUAAUGCAUUAAUCUCUAUCCUCUGUCCUACACUUCACACGUCAACAUUAUCCAUAGCUCAAAAACAAACAUCACAAAAAUCUGUUACACAAGAAGAAGAAGAAGUUUUACUCACUUCAGAUUACAAUAAUCCAUGGUCUACUAUAGAUCCAAUUAAUCGUUUAUCUACUAUUCGUUAUCGACCUGCUACAUCUGCUGCUGAAAAUCACUAUAAACAAGAUUUACCUGUUCAUUAUUCAUGUACAUAUCAUAUAAUCAAGGUUAUUUCCGCUUAUAAUGUAGCGAUUGGUUUAGCUCGUGGUCAUUCAGUAUUUCGUCUUUUAGAGAAACUAUCAAAUCGGUUAACUCAUCUUUAUCUAGCUGGACGUGUAACAUGUUCCACUAUAUCAUUAUCAGGUCAACCAUGUCAAUAUGAACUGCAUCGCGUACCAGAUGAUUGCAAUACUCUGAAAGUUAUUUUGUCAACUAUAGAUAAUAAGAUUAAUAAAGAUUAUACUGCUUUUAAUUCUGAUGGAAAUUUACUAUCCCAAAAUCACUAUCAACCACAUUCUAGUAUAAAUAAAUUACAUAGAACUGAUUUAACACUUAAAGAUGAAUAUAUUAUUCCUUUUGGCCUCAGUGGUAAAUGGAAACGGUAUUGGAUAGAAUGCGCCAUUAAAGGUUUCACCAAUAACAAUAAUAGUAAUCUAUCAUAUCAGAAAUUGUUAAAUGAGAAACAAACAAAUGAUACUUUAAAUUCGGAUAAUCCAGAUCAACAUUUAGCUGUUAUGCCACAUCGGUCUGAUGUAAUAAUGAUAAGUUCAUGCGGUUGUGGUCGUCAACAAGCUGAAAGAUCAGAUCCAUUUGAUUAUAAAGAAGCUAAUUGGCGAUUUUAUCAUAUAUUAUCUAAUAUUUGUUGUAAUAAGUUAACGAAUAUUCCAUUAUCACCACAAAUUUUGUCUGAUCCACGUCAUACUUUUUGUCUGCCGAAUGAAAAUCAUGUUGCAACGUCAUCACCAAGUCAUCGAACUAACACGAAAGUAUUCAAUGAAAAAGCAGUAUGCAUUCUAACAAAACCCAAAAAGGAUACAGAAUCAUCACCAUCCCCCCCACCUCCAUCAUCUCUUGUAAGUCGAGCUCAAAAGUUAACAAAAAAUCAUUCAACGAAUAAUGAUGAUGAAGCAGAUACCGAUGCAGAUGUCGAUCUUUCACAGCCUGAAGAUAAUGACAUAUUAUUAUUAUCAGCCGAUUCUGAUCAUUCAAAUUCAAGUGAAAUGAUGAAUAGAAAGUCGACCGAUGAUGGAUCAGAUGAUUCGAGAAAUGACAAAUACAUUGAUACUGUCAAUGAUUUAUCUGGAAGCUGUUCAUCACCGAAUCCAUCUGAAAUAUCCAACACAUCAGAUUCAAUUGUUCCUUUACAAAAUGAUCUAGUACAACAAACAGCUGAAAUUAAAAAUAAUGAAUAUGCUGGUGUACCUGUUCACCAUUCACCAUCUUCACAAUCAAAAAUAAAUGUAUCAAACUCUGCCAGAGUUGAUAAUAUUCAUUCAAGUGAUUCAAUGCCUUUAUAUCCUGCUGUAUUUCGUGAUGGUGUACCGAAUACUAAUUGGUUUGUUGGUGAUUUACCACUUUACCCCUCAUGGUCUAUCUAUGCACUUGGGAAAUAUUUCAGUUAUUCUCAUUCUUCCGGACUACCUUGCCGAGGAUUUAUGCGUAACAGUAAUUUCUUACUUCCGUGGGAUGUAUCCUUAAUGAAUAAUAAUAAUGCCCGGAAUGGUUCGGAGCGUGGACGUUUUAGUAAGUCUGCAAGAGGAAGAUAUCGAGGAGGUAGAACAGAAUCAGAUACAGUGAAAUUAUUUAUUGGUUUUGAAAUGGAAUGUCCAAUGGGUCAUCGAUUCUUCAUCACUGGGACGGACCGAAUUAUGGAUGGCCCAAUGCAAAGCAGUCAAGUUCGACGAGCCGUUCACUCAUUGUUAACACGUGAUCUACCUAUUUUCAUGCCAUGCCAGUGUCAUCACCCAACCUCACAUGUAUUGCUCGGUAAUACACGUCAUUCCACUAAUCCCACUAGUGAAUGGGAUGUAGGUGGUAAUACUAGUACAAUGAAAUCAUCUAAUUAUACAAAAAAUUCAACUGUCAUGGCACAGUUAUCACGAAUAUAUUUAGCUAUACCAGCUGCUCCUAUUCAAGUUCGUUUUCAACCAUGUAUACGACCGGGACCAACAAAACUUACUCCAAUCUUUCACCUAGGACAUACAUUAGAUCAAUGCUGUGAUAAAAAAUUGGAUAGUGUAAUAGAUUCAGAUUAUGAUCAAAGUCAUCCAGUUGAUGAUGAUAGUUAUUUUUAUGAAGAUCGUAUAAAAUCUAGCACAAAUUUACAUUCGGAUACCGUUCGUAGUGAGAAAUAUCAAUCACCAGGUUAUGUUACAUUAGACAAUGGAUAUUUGUGGGUUAUCCGGUUACCGUAUCCUUACAUCGUAUUAAUUAUUGAUAACUUUUUUCCAAGAGUUCACAAGGUUCUCCCAAAUGAUUUUUUAAAAUGUUGUUAUGAUGAUACAAUUAAUUGAUGAAGGGUAAUUAGUUUGUAGAACCGAUACUCGAAUUUCGAACAAAUACUUAUGAAGAUAAAAGAAACUACUGGGUCAACUGACUGAAUAUAAAUUAGAGAAUGAAAGCUGUUAUUUAUACACAAAGUUGUUGAGAUCAUAACCCCGACUAAUGAAGAGUAAUGUACUAGUGAUUUGAGUAGCAUGUUAUUUGUAGAUAACAUAAUAAUUCUGUCUCUCAGCCUGAAAUAUCAAUAAAAAAAUCCUCAAAAUGUGAUCUAUAUGAUUGACCUGUAUACAAUUUGACUACAUUACUUGCAGUACACAUUAUGCGUGAUACAAAUCCUAGUCUUUCUUUUCAUCGUGUAACAAGCUGUUGUGUGCAUGACUUACAUAUCACAGUACUUAAAAAUAAACGCUUGGAGAUAAGUGUAUUUUAAUAUGUUUAUGACGGUUUUAAGAAUCUUAACGAGAAUCUGGCCAUCAUUUACAGUACAACUUCAUAAAGAUUGAGAAUGCACUUCGUCUUCCCUUAGAUCAGCUGACGUUAUUUGAUUUAAUUUUGAAUGCCUAUUAGCUAUUUUUGAUUGCUUUCGUCUGAGCUCAUCGUGUAGUUCUGUCACACUUGAUAAUCUACCGAGUAUUUUUCAUCUGUGUAAAGUAUUCAUAGAAUUCACUACAAUCAAAUCCUUCGAAUACUUGAAUCCUAAUUGGUAAUGUGCUCAUUUUUUAAACGUGGAGUUCCUAAUAGUUGGUUUAAUUACAAGCAGAUAUUAGACAAACCGAUAGUCGAGUAACACCAGCUAACCAUGGAUACACGUAGGCUGGCAACUGCAGUAAUAUGAAAUCAUUAAUUUCGCUGUAGACUUUUAGUUAUAGCUUUCAUAUUCAACAGUUAAAUUCUAGGACUUUAGGUCAUGAAUUCUUGAAAAUGUUAGGCAGAUUUGGAUCUCAUAUGAUCACACUAAAUGGAAAUUGUUAUACGGGAUUUUAGCUUAUGAUAUUGGCAUACUCUGUGAUAUAACAGAACGUUUUGUUAAGCCCUACUAAAAUGACUAUGGUGCGAACUGGAACAUCCGUUAUUAACAGCCUUGUAUCUGAAUCCACAAUUCAACCAGCAAGCUGGUCUCUUGUGGAGUCGUUUUAUUUCACAAACCGUUUUUUAGCUGAAAAAAUGUGACCCUCCUUAACAUCUUUAUAAUAAUGUUGUUUUUUUUUUCUUAAAAAUACAAGUCUUGCCUAUCAUGAUGGUACGAAACUCUAUCCGAAACCAUUGUAUCCAAGUGAUUGCAAUGAGUGGAAAUUAUUAAAAGGAUGUAUAAAACUUGUAGCAUAAAAAUGCCCACCAAAUGUAUUUACUAUGUGCAAAUUAAUUCUUCGAUUUUUCAGAAAAAUACAUGUUCCUUUUCAUUGU